CACCCACAGUCAGUGAGAAAACACAAGUGGCAGCGCGAGGUUCACACACAGAGAUCUAGCGGCAAAAGGGCGUCAAUUUCAUUUCAGAGUAUCAAUUAUCAGGAUUAUAAGCAAACUCACAAUGCAGCAAUCCUUGCUGCUGCUGGCGCUGGCCGCCUUCGUCUUUGGGGCGGCAGUUGCCAUGCCCCUCAGUGUAGAGGAGUCCGCCGAGAGGGGAUCCAGCCUGGAGAGUGAGAUGGAGAGUGAGGUGGUGAUGGAGAUGGAGAAGGUGCUGGCAGAGAGUGUGGAGAGCGAGGAGAUAAUGAAGACGGGCUGGGAUAGCAGCGAAAGCACUGUGCCCAAGACUGUCGUCAAGCGAUCACCGGAGGCGGCUGCCAAGGAUGCCAGCAGCUCCUCGGAGGAGCAUGGAAAGGACAAGGAGAAGGACAAGGCCAAAGACAAGGCAGAUAGCUCGGGUGAAUCUUCCGAGGAGUUGAAGAAGAAGAAGGAGCAGGAGCAGCCGGCACAGGAUCAGCACGAACAAACACAGGAGAGAAAAAGAAGAUCCACUGAGGCGGCUGCCAAGGACGCCAGCAGUUCCUCGGAGGAGCAUGGAAAGGACAAGGCCAAAGCCAAGGCGGACAGCUCCAGCGAAUCUUCCGAGGAGUCGAAAAAAAAGGAGCCACUGGCUGAGCCCGAGCCGGAGAAAAGCAGCAAAAGAAGGCGUCAGACCAUCAAGGAUCCGCACAGCGUUGAGAUUGUCGAUUAUGAGGGCGAUGGAGAUGAGGAUCCGCUCCAUCUGGGCAGUCAGGCUGAGAAGGAGGAUGGUGCUGCACCUGCCGUCAUUCCACCAGACAACACCAGCAUCGAGGACUACGCCCAAGGAUGCGAGGUGAUGGAGGUGAACUCCAAGGAGGCCAACGAGACAACCUACGUCGAAUGAGUCCACAAAUUUAGCAUAAAGUAGAUUUAAAUAAACUAGAAAAAGCCCCGAA